AAUAAAUAAUGUAAAGUCGAAAAUGGACCAGUAUUUAUUUGUCUCACUAAAGAUUUACUUGAAUAUUUUAUCCAAAAUACGAUUUACUUGAGUAUCGUGAUAAAGAUAUGCAUUCCAAACGAUAAUUAAGAAUAUUGUUUAAGAAAAAAAGAUUAUUAAGAAUAUUAUAUGCCAUUUAUUUUUGAAAGGGAUAUAUCGAAUGAAACCCUAACAAAUUUCACUCUCUAUAUAUUGAACAGCCAUUUCUCUCUACAUUGCAACUUGCGAUUCUAUUUAGUUAUGAAAAUUUACUGGUUUGAUUACGAAGCUGGAUGCAGUAGACAAGCAAUUGACACUAAGCUUUCCGAGCUUGAUCAUAGAAGCGGUUGAAUAGGAGGUUGGACACCAUGCCGAAGAGAUAAAUGCUUUGAAAGAGAACAAAAGACAAGUCUUUAUACAUUUAAGUGAGUGAUUUUCUCCAUUUUUCUCAGUUGUGGAAAUCCCUUUUGCAUGGAAUAAGUUGCCAUAAGUAUGUGAUCAUCUGUGUUACAAUUCUCUUACUGACAUUUGAGAUACAAAAAGUGGUCACAAUAUGUCUGAUGAUUUUCAGGGCUUGAUAAGCAACAUAGUUGAAUUUGCUGGAGGGCCAUUGGUUUAUAUAUUUGUCUUGUCAAAAUGCUAGGUCGUUGUUUAUGCUUAGUGAUUGUUUGAAAAUGCUUUAUGUGUCAAUGCGGCAUAUAUCUUUAUUAGAAGAUAUUGCAUUUUCCACGCUGCUACCUGGUUUGACUUGAAGUUCGACCAUGCAUUCUUUUAGAUUACAACAAAAUUAAUUAGUAACUAAUACAUGUGUUCCAUAUGCUUCGAAGUUGUCAAGUACAUAUGAAUGUCUGAGAAUGCUGCUUCAUGAUACAUUUUGUUUGGUAUAUGCUGUGAAGUUAUAUUUUCUUGGACCAUAGUGGGUAUUGGCAAAGAUAAUCUAUUUGCUGAGGAGAAUUUUGUUUUUAUUCUUAAUGCUGGUCAGGUUAUUUAUUUAUUUUGCUGGGAUUUGAUGUGCAUGUGAUAGAUGUAAAUUUCUUUUGCCAAGCUCACAAAGGUAAAGUUAGUUCAUCUGACGACAUAAUUUGUAUAUCUUCUAACUCCAUCGCUCGGGUAUAAGAAACACUUGUAUCUUAGGGGGUGGCAGAGUUGAAUGAAGGUUGUCAUCGGGUAAGCAAAAUCAAAAGCAUAAUGUGUAAAUGGGUACGCUAAAUUUUAUUAAUUGGAACCAAUCUUUUGAUCUUUUUAGAUAUAAGAAAGCUCACCAACAGAACCCACAACCACAGCUAGUAAUGUAUUCGAUGUAAAAAUAAAAUAUUCAUUUCCAUCUGGCAAGCAAAUGCUCAAAAAGGUCGAACCACCAUACGUAGAUGUCAUUCCGGAGUUUUACAACGUAUCUACCUCUGGUUUGAGGCUUAGCCUAUAUGAACCUUUGCUUGCCAGAUGAUGAUGACUAUUUUAUUGGUGCAUGCAAAAGCUGAGACUGGGCGGUUUGCAAUGCAGAAGGUUGAUUCAUAUCGUGUUUUCAAAAAAAAAAAAUUAUCUGUGUACACAACAUCUUUCACCAUAUUUUAUGUGCUCGUACUGCUUACACUAGAAACAUGAAAUAUCAUUUUAUUACUAUCUCAAAGUAUAUGAUCAUGUUAUAAUUAUUUUAUGAUUAUAACAUUGUUGUCAGAAGGGGAGAAUCUUUCCUCUUUCUGGUUGUUUGAAAAUAGCUCAUAUCACAAUUCAUGAUUCUCAAAGUAUCAUUAUAUUUUUUUUUAUGAAACUCUCCAAUAUAUUCACAGAUGCAUACCAGUAGUUGGUUAGAACAAACAAAUGACAAAUCACAUUAACAAGGAUUGUAUAACUAAAAACAAAGAAAAAAUCCUAUGGUCACCCUAAGAUCUCUCUAAAACCUAAACAAUCUUUAGACAACACGAAGGCAAUCAAAAACAACUUUUGCAAAUUGACAUAGUUGGGUUUUGUCUAUUCUUGGUGAGGUUUUGUCCCCUAUCUCUCUCUUCUGUUCAUACAUUUUUUUCUCUCUCUUUGUCUCCCAGAAAAGAAAAGAGAGAAAAAAUCAUUUUCUGCUUGAAAAAGAAGAAUUUUCUUGUUGAAGAAUCGAUCAAUAGCGUGUGUUAGCUGCAAUGCUAACUUGGGAGAGCCAGGUUAGGCUUGCAAGCUACACCGCCUUGACGAAGAAGCUAGCCUUCAUCACAUUCCUCAUCAUUGUGUUAUGUCCAGCCAUAAUGGUCAUGUCUCAGGAACACAAGGUUGUGCCAGGUUCAGACGCAGAUUCCCUCUUGAGAUUCAAAGACACUUUAGCGAAUGCUUCUGUCAUUAGCAGUUGGGAUCCUUCAACCGCGCCUUGUAAGCGAAAGUCAUCAAACUGGUUCGGUGUUCUCUGUUUUGCCGGACAUGUUUGGGGUCUACAACUUGAAGAAAUGGGUUUAACCGGGAAGCUAGACCUUGAACCAUUGACUCCUAUCAAGGACCUAAGAACCUUAAGCUUCAUGAACAACAAUUUCGACGGUGCAAUGCCAUCUGUCAAGAAACUCGUCUCGUUGAAGUCAUUGUACUUGUCUAACAACAGGUUUACAGGGGAGAUAUCCGCCGAUGCGUUUGAUGGUAUGCAUCAUUUGAAAAAGCUUUUGCUGGCGAACAACGCCUUUCGCGGAAAAGUACCUUCUUCUUUAGCUUCUUUACCAUUGCUUUUAGAGGUGAGGCUGAAUGGUAACCAGUUCCAAGGGGCGAUACCUGAUUUUAAGCAGAAAGAUCUUAAGUUAGCUAGCUUCGAGAACAAUGACCUCGAAGGACCUAUACCCGAAAGUCUACGGAACAUGGAUCCUGGCUCUUUUGCAGGGAACAAGGACUUGUGUGAUCCUCCACUAAGCUCAUGCUCAGGGGAUUCAUGGUUUUUUCUGGAUCCUUCUUCUACUUCCACGGAGAAGAAGAACAAGAGCAGCUCUUUCUACACGAUUGCAAUCGUUUUGAUUGUCAUUGGUGUAAUACUAGUGAUCAUCUCCCUUGUGGUUUGUGUCUUUCACACCAGAAAACAGAAGUGCUUGUCGGCUUAUCCAUCCGCGGGGAAAGACAGGACAUAUAAAUACAGUUAUGAUCAACCCGCGGACACGGAGAGAGCCGCGGAGUCUGUUACUAGCUACACCACUAGGCGAGUAACAGUACAGGACCAGGACAAGCUCUUGUUUCUGCAAGAAGACAUUCAGAGAUUCGACCUUCAAGAUCUUCUGAGAGCUUCUGCUGAAGUUCUUGGGAGUGGAUGCUUUGGUGCUUCUUAUAAAGCCGGGAUAAGUAGCGGCAAGACGCUGGUCGUGAAGAGGUAUAAACAUAUGAACAACGUGGGAAGAGAUGAGUUUCAUGAGCAUAUAAGAAGGUUAGGGAAGCUGAGCCACCCGAAUCUGUUGCCUCUUGUGGCUUACUAUUACCGUAGAGAAGAGAAGCUUUUGAUCGCUGAGUUCAUGCCGAACCGUAGCUUGGCAAGCCAUCUUCACGCGAAUCAUUCGGUGGAUCAACCUGGAUUGGAUUGGCCAACAAGGCUAAAUAUUAUACAAGGAGUUGCCAAGGGUUUAGGUUACUUGUUCAAGGAGCUACCAACACUGACCAUCCCUCACGGUCAUCUCAAGUCAUCCAACGUCGUUCUUAACAAAGCAUUUGAGCCUCUCUUAACAGACUACGCGCUAAGACCCGUGAUGAACUCAGAGCAAUCUCAUAACCUAAUGAUCGCUUAUAAAUCGCCAGAGUACAGCUUAAAGGGACAUAUAACGAAGAAGACCGAUGUGUGGUGCCUCGGUGUCCUGAUCUUGGAGCUUAUAACCGGUAGGUUUCCUGAGAAUUAUCUAAGUAAAGGGUAUGAUGCUAACAUGAGCCUUGUGACUUGGGUGAGUGACAUGGUGAAAGAGAAGAAAACGAGUGACGUAUUUGACAAGGAAAUGAUUGGGAAGAAGAACUGUAAAGCAGAGAUGCUGAGCCUAUUGAAAAUAGGGUUGAGCUGUUGCGAAGAAGAUGAAGAGAGGAGGAUGGAGAUGAGAGAUGCUGUGGAGAAGAUAGAGAGGUUAAGAGAGUCUUCUGAUACAGACUUCGAAGCUUCUACCAAUGUCUUUGCUUCUCGGUUGAUAGAAGAUGAUGACCUUGGUUUUGCGGUAAAUCGAUGAUGAGUAUGGUCGGUCAGUCUUAUCAAUGGAAGAGUUUGAAAAAAAAACAAUUUGUUAACUUUUCCAGCUUUAUAAAAUCAGUCACUCUCUCGUUCGUGUAAAUUAUUUUGCACAGUUUCAUAAAGUUUACUCAUUUCUCCAUAUGAUUAUUAUUAUAACAUUACAAGAGUGUAUCCUACACAUAAUACAUGAAUCUAUGCGUGAGAUUAGGACUUCUUUUUUCCAAGAAGAAGCUACUUCUUAUGAUCCAUUAUUGUUCUAAUUUGGAGGUAAGAGGAGUCCUUGAAAGCCCUAAUUUUGGAAUACCACAGAUUUAUAUUGAAGCCAUCCGAGAAAAGGCCAAGAUUCUUGGAGAGCAAGCUACUCUGUAAUUGAUGAAGCUCCAAAAGGGAAACGUGAAGAACAAGUAUGUGAAUUUAGGGUUAGUAUCUGUAGCAGUGGAUAAAGAUAAAGGAAGCCAACAUGCUCUCAAAUGAGCAGGUCAUCAUAUUGUCUCCAAAGGACAAACUAUCAUCCUCCUCCAUGUUCUCCAAGAACAAACUAUAGUGCACCGUGAUCUGAAACCAGGAAACAUUUUGAUUGACCAGAACUAUCUAAGCAUAAUCGCCAAACUAGUCCCUGAAGCUGCAGAGAACGUCACUCAGUGCCAUGUCAUGACAACUGCUGCUACUUUAUGUUAUAUUGACCCGGAGUACCAACAAACGGGUAUGUUUGGUGUGAAGUCAGAUGUCUAUUCCUUUGGUAUCUUGCUUCUCGACCUGCUCACAUCAAAAAGACCUAUUGGUUUUGCUUACAACGUUGAGCAAGCGAUGGAGCAAGGGACAUUCAAGGAUAUGUUAGACGACUCAGCAGUUCAUAACUGGCCGGUGGAGGAAGCUUUAACUUUGGCAAAAAGUUGCGCUUAAAUAUGCACAGCUGAGAAGGAAAUAAUGAUCAGACCUAGGGAAAGAGGUUUUACCAGAGCUCAAUAGACUGAGAGCCCUUGCAGAUGCCAAUAUGGAGUGUAUAAUGUUCAACUAUACCAGAGGCCCAUCACCAAAUCAUAGCUUUUUGUCUCCUUACCACCAGUUGAAAGUAAUGAAAAAUGCUGAGUGUUUAAACAUUUUUGUUAUAUCCUCAUUUUAAAAUGAAAAUAUCUUUAAAGUGUUGCAGGAUGAAAUGAGUUAGUGUAACGUCGGAUGGCUAGUUUACACAUUCAAGUACUUAUUGGACACGAAGAAGAACUUAAUUUGGUGCAUUAUACUUUCCAUAAAUCUAUAUUAUUAAAAGAAAAGUACAAAAAUAAAAU